GUGUUGUCCUUCCAGAUAUAGUCUGAAACUUUCUUUGUGUGCACCUCCUGGAGUUGCAUGGAGCGAUAGUUUUGAAAACUUAGACGUGAGUCCUUCUCCAGGAAGACCGCUCCACAUUCUGAAACUUUACAGUUUAUGUGUAUACCUCUCGGGGACGUAUGAAUUAAUUUUGAUUAAGUGUGUGCCUCCUCGAGAAGACCUCUCUGAAUUUUGCGAUUUUAAGUAUCUUGUAACUGAAGUGCGAAACUUGAACCUUUUCUGUGUGUGUGUUUCUGCAUGCACGCGCCUCUUGGGGAAGUGAGGACGUGAUAUUUUGUUACUUAAACGUGUGUGCCUCUCCAAGAAAGUUUAUUUACUCUAUUGAAACCUAGAAAGUGUUGCUUUAGCUUCUCAUUUUUUGUGCUCCCCUCAGAGAAAGGGAAGAGUGCUUUGAGCAUUAGCAUUUGAAAAGUGUCUGUUUCCCUGGGGAGAUAAGGAGUCACUUGAGCUUUUGAAUACGUACACCUCCCUUAGUGUAGAUCUUUCAUUGUAUUAAUUAAUGAGUAACAGUAUUGCCAGUAUGAAAAGUGAAGAUGUGUUAUUUGACCUUUUAGAAAAGCAUGGUGCUCGUCCCUCUUUGUCAGGGGUGGACUGGGCACGCCAAAAUUGGCAUAAUUUGCAGAGUGUUUCGGACCGCAUUAGUGUCUUACAGAAUGAAGCUCGUACACGAGCUGGAAAAGGAAAGUCGUUUAUUUGUGCCGUACUCGGGGCUACUUUAAAAGCAGCCGUGGAGUUCCGAAAUGAAAAGCAUUCGGCAGAACUCCAAACCAUACAAGCACUGCAGGAAUCGGUUAAAGUAACACAAGAAUUGGUGAAAACUCUGCAGAAUCAAAUAGUGAACCUUGAGGAACAAUUAGAAAGAGAGAAACGUAAUUCGGCUUUGCUGCAAAUGGCUUUUAAGGAACUGCUAACGUGUAAGCAUGCCAGCCAUACCAUCACCCGUAGUUUGCCUCGAGAAAAAACUUUUCCUCAGGUGGAACUACCAGGAAUGAGGGAAAGGCUAGAUGAAAUAGAAACUCCAAUAGCCCCAUUGCGUCCUUUGAUGAAAACUGAAUAUACAUUUGAUAACAGUGAGGAUCUAGAUCCUCAAAUGAAUGUUAAGGAAAUUCCCUUCUCAGCCACUGAACUAGCAAAAUUGAAGAAAGAUUUUAGCCGCUCUCCAAAGGAAUCUGAAACAGAGUAUGUAUGGAGGGUUAGCCUCACUGGUGGAGACCAGAUUCUGCUAACAGAAAAGGAAGCAGAAGGUUAUUGGGGACCAGGAGUAUUUUUAACUACUGGCAACAGUCGUGCUCCCUGGUCCUUAACACAAAGGGCUGCCUAUUGGGCAGGUGGUCUCAACCCUUUAGAACGGGGAGACCCUCUUGCCAUUACUGGAACAGUUGAUCAGUUAGUAGAGAGUGUUCAAAAGGCUGCUUGUCUCCAAAUGAUGUAUGAUAGAAAGCUGCAGCCACACCAUGAAUCACCUAUGAUGAUGCCUGUUGAUCCUGAGAGAAUGACUGCUUUAAUUAGGGGGCUUCCAGAGUCGUUAAAACCUAUAGGUAUACAACUGCAAGGAAAAAUACAGGUAAUGUCUCAGGGAGAGAGAACCCAGCCAGUGUUAAAAGUAACUGUAACCCCCAACCAUCUGCAGUCAGGAUGCAAAGUAUGGACGUGGGGGGAGGUAGCCCAAGAGUUAAUUAAUUAUGGAAGAAAAUAUGGGCAAGUGGUUUCUUUUCCCAGUAAAUCUGAGCCCACAGGUGUAAGGCUUGCAGCAGCCAGUCUUGCCCCCAGGCCACCUAGCCCAAAGCUCAGUGGGUCUGGAAGGGUCUCAUUGCCAGUAAAAACCGGUAGGCGGAAUAUCUUUCAUAAACGUAAUGGACUUUGGACUCUGGGCUGGAAAAAGGGCAUUCCACGAAAUUUGAUGGAUGUAUUGACAACAGAUAGGUUAGAGAAAUUAGUUAACUGGUGGCCAGAACAAAAGCUCCAGAAUCUCGAAGAGAGCAAAAUCCCAGGUCCUAGGGCCUUUCUCAGGGAACCUGAAGGGCUCUCCAAGCCAUUAGUAAACUGAUGUUUCCGCCCCUCCCAAGUGAGCGGGGUGGGGGCGGUGAAGGGUGGAUGUAUUCGAAAGCUCACAACAAAGGGGAAACACUUAUCGCCUGGGCCAGCCUGUGUUUGGCUCAGCUAACCUGGGGCUUGUUUCCCUAAGCUUAACGGGAUACCUUAACAAAUAUCCUUGGAAGGCCAAGGACACAGCGAAAAAGGAAUAUAAAAUUAACUCUUGCUGGAUUGCUCCCUCAUUUGUUAACCAUAUUAACAAAGCCCCCCCCAAAAAAGGGCAAGUCGGUGUCUCAUUUUUAUUUUUUCAGAAUACUCCUAUGGACCUUGGCUGAACACAGAAAGAACUCUAAUGUUUUGUGACAGAAAUAUUGAAAAUGUGAUCAUGUUAGAAAACUGAAUAUACCUCUUGAUUACAUUUUGUAUUUUGGUUGCAAAAGUACUAUGUUUUGUGUUGUUGUGGGUAGUAAUGUUGUAUCUCUAUUUGUUAUAUUUAUUUGUUAUUGGUUAUUGCCGAAUGUAUGGUUGCCUCUUUUCAUUUUCAACUUUUUAUUCACCAUGUAACAUACGUAUCACCACUCCCGAGGUAUCACCGAGCGGUGCCUGUGGCAAAUUGAUAUUGUGACCUGUCGCAACCCUUAUGUUUGUUAAUUGUAUGGUUCCGUGUUUUAUAAGAUGUGUUGUAUCACCUAUGUAGAUUGUAACCUCCUCUAUUGAUGGGGAAGUCAAGCACAUCAGGGCCCACCCUGAUGAAUCUCUUGUAAUGAUUGUAUGAAACUUUUGAUUCCCUACCCCCUUCGCCCCCCUUUACCCCUAUGCUUGCUAUCUUUUUCUCUCACCAUCAUGGAUCAUCUGUGUCCCAUUUUAAAGCAACCUUUGAGUCACGGGGUGGUGUAAAAGACUAUACUAUUAACUUCUGUGUCUCAAAGCUUGCUGGGGACACAGAUGGACUUGUUCAAGUCCGGAGCAAGGAUUGUGAAAUCCUUUGUUUGAAGGACACAGAUGAACAAGUUCAGGCAAGUCCUGGGCAAAGGUUGUGAGAUCCUUUGUCUGGGGGAACGCUGAUGGACAAGGCCAGGGGCGACGAGAGCGAGAUGAACUGCAGCUGAAUAGCUGUGAAGUGCUCCUUUGUGUGGGCUUAUCUCCGGAUGAUGGCCAUCUCAGGAGGUACUCAAUGACUCUUGCUCGAGGCCCAUCCUUGUCACGUAGGCAGGAGAACAAGGAGGAUAAAAGAGGAACUGAAAACCAUGAGGAUAGGUUUCUGACAACAGAUUCCUCAUGACGAACGCAAGGUUUUUCUGACAAGAGAUUCCUCCUGAAGAAGAAGAGGGAUUCCUGACGAUCAGAUUCCUCGUGAAGUGACUCCUGCAUGCUGCUGAACUCUCCUGAGCCUGCUGCCUGACCGCUGUUGCUGCUUCAAGACUUGGCUUCUCGACUUCUUCGUCUACCUGCCUGCUGCCCAAGGCCGGCCACGCUGCUGCUCCCCGUCUUCUGCUGCGUUCUGCCCGGGACCUUCAAACACCGUGCAACGGGACCGCUGCUGGAUCCUGCUGGUGACUAUCCCCGCUUUACGCAACUCCUGCUUCUUCUCCACCUUUUCUAUCGCCCUCCUUCCCUUCCCCGUCUCCCUGAUUAGGUCUUAGUAAUAAACUGGAUGCAACAACAUAUGAACCGUUGUUUCUUAAUCUCACACCGGGUAUACAGAUAUUAAAGAACCUCAUCUCCCUCCUAUAAAUUGGAGCGAGACAGUCCCUUCCAACUCAAAUGAUUCUAUGAUUCAUCUAAAAACUGGGAAGCACUUCUGCACUGUGCACAUGACAGAGAACUGGCACAGGUCCCCCAGAGGCUGUGGAGUCUCCUACUUUGUAGAUCCACAAA